AGUCACGUAGAGCACGCUGUUCUGCCUUCCCCGGGAACAGGGGGAAGCUGCUGACGGUGGAGCAGGACGGAGCGGAAGAGGCCUGGCGCCGAGAGCACACAUUCCUAUCACUGACUGGAACCAUGGGUGAGGACGGACCGCCCAGCCUGGAGUACAUUCAGGCAAAGGACCUGUUCCCCCAGAAGGAGCUGGUGAAGGAAGAUGAAAAUCUACAGGUGCCAUUCCCAGUUCUCCAGGGGGAAGGGGUGGAGUAUCUAGGGCGAGCUGUUGACGCUAUCAUCGCCAUGUCCAAUUACAGACUUCAUAUCAAGUUCAAGGAUUCGAUCAUCAACACCAUGCCAGGUGUGGACGAUGAGAUUUCAGUGCCACUGCGGCUCAUCGAGACGGUAGAGAGCAGGGACAUGUUCCAGCUUCACAUCAUCUGCAAGGACUCCAAGGUGGUCAGAUGCCAUUUCUCCACCUUCAAGCAGUGCCAGGAGUGGCUCAAACGGCUGACCCGGGCCAUAGCCCACCCGUCCCGCCUGGAGGACUUGUUUGCCCUGGCAUACCAUGCCUGGUGCCUAGGGGGAAGCGCAGACGAUGAGGAGCAGCACGUGCACCUGUGCCGGCCAGGUGAUCAUGUGCGUCAAAGGAUGGAGGUGGAGGUGCUGCGGAUGGGCUACGACAUGCAGAACGCCUGGAGGGUGUCGGACAUCAAUGCCAACUACAAGCUGUGCUCGAGCUACCCUCAGAAGCUCCUGGUUCCCGUCUGGAUUACGGACAAGGAGCUGGACAGCGUCGCCUCAUUCAGAUCCUGGAAAAGGAUCCCCGUCGUGGUCUACAGGCACCAGCGUAACGGGGCGGUCAUCGCACGCUGCAGCCAGCCAGAGAUCAGCUGGUGGGGCUGGCGCAACACUGAGGAUGAGUACCUUGUCACCUCCAUCGCCAAGGCCUGCCACCUGAAUCCUGGGUCCCGCACAGCCGGUGGCCCCCCCAGCCGGCCCCGCACUGAGGGCGGGGACACCUGUGACAGCGACUUUGACUCAUCACUGACUGCCUGCCCUGGUCCCGAUGCCCCCACCGUGCCUCAGAAACUCCUGAUCCUAGAUGCGCGGUCCUACACGGCUGCAGUGGCAAACCGGGCCAAAGGCGGGGGCUGUGAGUGUGAAGAGUAUUACCCCAACUGCGAGGUGAUGUUCAUGGGCAUGGCCAACAUCCACUCCAUCCGGAACAGCUUCCAGUCCCUGCGGGCUGUCUGCACCCAGAUCCCCGACCCGGGCAACUGGCUGUCUGCAUUGGAGAGCACCCGCUGGCUGCAACACCUGUCCGUCAUGCUGAAGGCGGCCACUCUGGUGUGCUCUGCAGUUGAGAGGGAGGGUCGUCCCGUCCUGGUGCAUUGUUCUGACGGCUGGGACCGCACCCCGCAGAUAGUGGCCCUGGCCAAGAUCCUGCUGGACCCCUACUACAGAACUCUAGAGGGCUUCCAGGUACUGGUGGAGACUGAGUGGCUCGACUUUGGCCACAAGUUUGGGGAUCGCUGCGGCCACCAGGAGAACGCAGACGAUGCCAGCGAGCAAUGUCCCGUCUUCCUGCAGUGGCUGGACUGUGUGCAUCAGCUCCUCAAGCAGUUCCCCUGCCUCUUCGAGUUUAACGAGGCCUUCCUGGUGAAGCUGGUGCAGCACACAUACUCCUGCCUCUACGGCACCUUCUUGUGUAACAACGGGCGGGAGAGGGAGAUCCGGAACAUCUCCAACCGCACCUGCUCCGUGUGGUCGCUGCUGCGCUCCGGCAACAAGAACUUCCAGAACUUCCUUUAUAUUCCCAGCCAUGACACGGUGCUUCAGCCAGUGUGCCACACCCGGGCCCUACAGUUGUGGACGGCCGUGUACCUACCCACCACUUCCCCCUGCACUGCAGCCGAGGAUUCCAUGGAGCUCUACCUAUCCCCAUCUGCCCAGGGGGAGGACUUCACCUCCCGCUCACUCGAUAGGCUUCCGAAGACGCGCUCCAUGGACAACCUGGUGUCUGCCUGUGAGAACGGUGUGGCCUUGACGCGCACCUCCAGCGACCCCAACCUCAAUAAGCAUUGCCCGGAGGGCCGGCCAGCCCUCGAGCCUAAGUCUGCCUUGGGGGUCAGUGUGGCUCACAGCCCCAAUAGCUCAGACGAGCACACCAGAGACUCGGAGGAGGCCGAAGAGGAGCCUGGGCUGGGACCUGGCUCACAUGCCCCUCCCACACUACCAGAGUCAUCAGGUCUGACCAAGAACUGCAACACUGUUGAGGAGGCCUGUCUAACCACACAGCCUUUGCCCACAUUGCACUGCAGUGCCACGCAGGAUGAGACUCUGUGCACCACGCAGCCCCUGACAGCACCCCACCAGGCUGUGCCCCUGGAUGAGAGCUCCGUCUCCCCAGCAACACCCUGGGGGACCCAAGCCAAAUCACGGACUCAUGACUGCACGCUCUCCCCCAUUGCCCACAGUGGUCAACUGCAGCACAGUGACCCCGUGUUGGAGAAGCCCCUGGUUGUGUCGCCUGAGCCCACCAAGGGACUCCCGGAGCAGGGUCAAGUGCCAGCAGGCACCCCCCGUGAGGAGCGGGAUGAUGCGGAAAGCAACAGCAAGACAGUGUCUCUGGGCCGAGCCCAGCCAGAGUGCAGCCGUCCUGCACGGCGGCCAGUCACCCAGAGCCAGCUGAGCGACUUCACCUUGCUGGGUUCACACUGGGAGAGCGUACAGGGCCUGGUCAAGUCAGCCUGCGGCACUGAGGCGGGCCUCUGCCGGGCCCUGCAGCCCAGCCUUCAGGGCCGACGGCUGGCAGGGAGGCUGUUGCGCGCCCAGGGUGUGACUCCAGGCAGUGGGGCCUGCUGCCGGCGGGAGGGCAUACGCUCCAGCGGCAGCCCCGUGCACUCUGGCUGGCUGUCAGCCAUCAAGAGCUCAGGCUAUGCCACCCUGUGUUCGUCACUUCGCCAGCCGCUGCCUGCCGCCGCCUCACCACCCCCCUCUCCUGGCCCCACCUACCUUGACGACGACGGACUCCCAGUGCCCCUGGAUGCUGUGCAGCAGCGGCUCCGGCAGAUCGAGGCCGGCUACAAGCAGGAGGUGGAGCUUCUGCGCUGGCAGGUCCAGCAACUGCAGAUGAGGCUGGAGAGCAAGCAGUUCUGCAGGCCGCCGUCAGAGCCUGACGUCGACUACGAAGACGAUGACAUUACAUGUGUGCGGGAGUCUGACAGCAGUGAUCAAGAGGGCUCCUUGUCUGACCACAGCGAGGACCGCUUCUCAGAGGGCAGCUGGGACCGUGUCGAGCCAAAGGACACUGAGGUCAGCGUCCCUGCUUGCCUCUUCCAGGUCACUCGCUGGGUCCCCGAUCACAUGGCCUCUCACUGUUUUAACUGCGACUGUGAGUUCUGGAUAGCCAAGCGACGCCAUCACUGCAGGAACUGUGGCAAUGUCUUCUGCAAGGAUUGCUGCCACCUGAAGCUGCCCAUCCCGGACCAGCAGCUCUACGACCCAGUGCUGGUGUGUAACUCCUGCUACGACCUGCUGCAGGAGUCUCGCACUCGUGAGAUCCGCAUCCAGCAGUUGAAGAAGCCCAUCGCCACGGCAUCCAGCUGAGAGCCCAGCCCCAACCCGACUUGGCCGGUCACUGCCGCCUCCUCGUACACCACUUUAAGCGGGCAGGCCGGGAUUCGCCCCACCUGCUGCGGCCAAGGGUGGUGACCCCGGUGUCCUUGGAGCUGAGGCUUGUGGACAGCACCGCAGACUGCGUGCUGG